GAGUCAGCGAAAAUGACGAUACGUCCGGCAGGCAGGCGCUUGACAUCGAACAGAUGAUCGCCAGCUGUUCGAGCGCACGGUCCACGUCGACAUGGACAUGGACGAGAGUUUAGAGCGUUGUGUGAAAUCUUUGGAUCAGAACGAGGAGGAUGUACGCGAUGAAGCGCGACGAGCGCUGCUCGGCAUCUGUCGGAAUGUGCUGAGGUCGCCGGACAAUUAUAGGUCCCGCGAGUUGCGCCUCGACGAUGAGGUCGUCGUCGAGAAACUUCUGCCGGCCAUCGGUGCCAUGGAGUGCCUGUUCGACGUCGGUUACGUUGAGGAUGGAGACCGCAUCUUCCUGCCACGUAACGCAUCCCUCCUGAGGCUCCAGAGCUUGUCGAGAUUAUUGUGCACUACAACAGAAAGCAGUCCCAUAACCGAUGAUAUUGAUAAGAGCUCAAUGGCGCAGAAGGCGUUUUUCAAUAGUAUCAUCGAUCACUUUCACAGUGUUAUGCACUAUGAAGAUCCAAAUCUACAGAAACAGGCGAGGAAGAUUGUGCCCAUCGCGCAAUUAGAAAUUGCAACGAUGACGAAGAUAAGAGAACUACAAAAAUCUUUCAAAUUAGAUAACUUGACCACAACUGGAACUACUUCUUCGCAAUUUGAAGCAGAAUUGAUUGCUAAGGAUUUAUUUCUAGUCGAGCUUCUGCGUUGGUUUAAGUAUGAAUUUUUCGAGUGGGUUAACAGUCCCAUAUGUCCUACGUGCUCAACUGAAUGUACAUAUGAAGAUGCAAUACAAUCUGCAAAUCCUCAUUGCUCAAGGAUAGAAUUACAUAGAUGUCAAAAGUGCAAUAUAGUUGUCGAAUUUCCUCGUUAUACGCAUCCAAAGCCAUUGCUGACUCUGAGACGCGGUCGCUGCGGAGAAUGGACUAAUGUCUUCACGCUUUUAUGCCGAUCAUUAGACUACGAUGCACGGUUUAUAUGGGAUAAGACAGAUCAUGUCUGGACAGAGAUAUGGUCGGCAUCUAACAAGAGAUGGAUUCACAUAGAUCCUUGUGAAAAUGUCAUAGACAAGCCGUUAAUGUAUGAAAAGGGAUGGCAAAAGAAAUUAUCAUAUAUAAUAGCCUAUUCCAAAGAUGAAGUGCAGGAUGUCACGUGGCGUUAUACGCGAGAUCAAGAAGCCGUUAUGAAGAGACGUAAAAUUUGUACCGAACAGAGCUUGAUAGAGUUACUCCAAUCCUUGACCAACCAGCGGCAAAGCUCUGCUAAUUACAGCCGCGCGCGUAGGGAAUAUGUCAUUAAACGGAAAGUGUUGGAGCUUGCUGAUAUGUUGUACAUUCCAAAUUCGCGAAAUAAAGAUGAUGAAGAGACCUACGAGGGACGAACUUCGGGUUCUCUCAUGUGGAGAUUGGCACGAGGCGAAACUACGCAGGCUGAUACUAAAAAAAAUUAUAUUUGGGAUGUUUCUAAAUAUGGACAAACAUUCGAGUUACGAUAUAAUAUCGUUAAAGAUCUAUAUGACAUCAUAGACAACAACGGUACUAUUCUGGAACAAAAGUCUGGAUGGUUAGAAGGAAUGAAUACUACAGAGGGUGGAAUCUUCCGUAAAAUAGAGGACGAUUGGAAGAUGAUUUAUUUAGCGCGAUCUCCGCAGGCAAAGCAAGGACAUGUUAAGUGGACUUUCGACAUGAAAUCCGGGUCAUGUCUAGAGACAUUUACUCUAAAAGCUAAGUCGUGUGUAUUUCAAGGAGGUAGUGUAUCCUGGAAGAUCGAAGCUGUCUUUGAUGACGACAAAACGAUUAUCAUACCAAUCCCUAACUGUAAUAACUUCUACACAGAAGAAGUGAGACAGGCAAUGAGAUUAAAUGUAAUCGUAACGUUAUCCAACGGACAAGGCCAGCAUGCUUGGCAACAUGCUCAACUUUUUCGACAAAGUCUAGAUAAUACAGAAGAAUCGUCUAUGAUAAUUAAUAUUCAGUUUAAAAAUCAUUGCGUGUAAUUUCUAAAUCCUUGUUAAUCAUCUAAUUUUCGUAGGUUAAAUUAUUAAUAUGAUUUCUGUAUAAGAUAAGAUUUAUAUAAAAUAUAGAAUUUUUUGUUUUCCUUUUACUGAAUACAUGUGGUAUACAUAUUAUUUAUAUCUCUUGAAGAUAGACCAAAAUCUUUAGUCAAUGCGCUAUUAACGGUUUGAUAACUUUGUUGUUAUUCAAACCUAUGUACACAUGCAGAUGGUGUGAGUUAUCAAACUGUUAUAAUUUAAAAAAAAAAACAAAGAUAUGAGACAAAGACGAAUCUUCUUCAUUUCAUAUUUUGCAAAUGUUUAUGGUAAAUACAUUUUUCUCAAUAAAACAUUUUUCUCAAUAAAAGUAACUAGAAUUUUAACUUUCCAACGAAACCAAGAUUUUUUGUACAAAAUAUUAAUGAUUAAAUUAAUCCACAAUAUUUAUACAAAUUUCAUAAAAAUCGCAAAUUUUGGGAUGAAAUUAAUUUUUCUAGUGUCAUUAAUUAACACUAUUUCGUCAGUUAAUUAACGAUGUAAUUAAUCAUGAACUCAUUAGAAGUGUUGAAAUUUUAAUUUUCCAAGAAGACCAAAAUCACCUUACUGCGAUUUCUUUAUAUGAAGAUAUUGAUAAUAUCGAUCACAAUUAUCCGAUCUAUUCGAUAGAUGGCGCACGUACACAUUCACGUCGACGGCAUAUCGCAUUUCAAAGGGCUGGUACUACACAUGUUUUCACAUCUUUUUGGGGAUGGCAAAAAAUGUGAACAUGCAAGCAAAAACUGUGAGGGGAGUUUUUCAUUAUUUUUUUUUCAUGGAACACACGUACCGAUUUUUAAAAGAUUAUAACUUUUCAAAAAUAGACGUAGAAACAUAGGAUAAAGACGAAAUUUCUUCAUUUCGUAUUCCGGAAAUGUUUAUAUUGAAUACAUAUGUUCUCACUCUGAUACAUAUGUGUAUAUACAAGAUGUCCGAAUAUGUCAGAAUAAAAUAUAAAAUAUCUAAA